CCAGCGCUUCUUGCCCCCAUCUCUUUCAGCCUCAGGCGCAAGAGAGGCUCGGCUGACCUGCUGACUAGGAACAGAUAUGGCAACAACUCUGGGCAGCGGGGAGCGCUGGACGCAAGCUUACAUUGAUGCAAUUAGAAGAAACAAAUACCCAGAAGACAGACCUCCUGAAAGUCAUGACCCCUGUGGUUGCUGUAACUGCAUGAAGGCGCAAAAGGAAAAGAAGCCUGAGAAUGAGUGGAACCAGACCCGGCAGGGUGAGGGGAGCACCACUUAUACUGAGGAACAGCUACUUGGGGUACAAAGGAUCAAGAAAUGCAGAAAUUACUAUGAAAUUCUGGGAGUUUCUCGAAAUGCCAGUGAUGAAGAGCUUAAGAAAGCUUACCGAAAACUUGCCCUGAAAUUUCACCCUGACAAGAACUGUGCACCUGGAGCAACAGACGCUUUCAAAGCGAUAGGAAAUGCCUUUGCAGUCCUGAGCAAUCCUGACAAGAGACUCCGCUACGAUGAAUAUGGAGAUGAACAGGUGACUUUCACUGCCCCUCGAGCCAGACCUUAUAAUUAUUACAAGGACUUUGAAGCUGACAUCACUCCAGAAGAGCUAUUCAAUGUCUUCUUUGGAGGACAUUUUCCUACAGGAAAUAUUCAUAUGUUUUCGAAUGUGACUGAUGAUACCCACUAUUACCACCGGCGGCACCGACAUGAGAGGAUGCAGACACAGAAGGAAGAGGAAGAAGAUAAACCUCAGACUACAUAUUCUGCAUUUAUUCAGUUACUUCCAGUUCUCGUGAUUGUAAUUAUAUCUGUCAUUACUCAACUGCUAGCUGCUAAUCCUCCAUACAGUCUAUUCUACAAAUCGACCUUGGGCUACACCAUUUCCAGAGAAACCCAGAACUUGCAGGUGCCUUACUUUGUGGAUAAAAACUUUGACAAGGCCUACAGGGGAGCAUCUCUGCAUGACCUGGAGAAGACGAUAGAGAAGGAUUACAUUGAUUAUAUACAGACAAGUUGUUGGAAGGAGAAACAACAAAAGUCGGAGUUGACAAAUUUGGCAGGAUUAUACAGAGAUGAACGAUUGAAACAGAAAGCAGAGUCACUGAAACUUGAAAACUGUGAAAAACUUUCCAAACUUAUUGGCCUACGCAGAGGUGGCUGAGAGGAUGGUGGUCCUACACAGGGUUGGGGUUUUGCUACUUGUUACUAUUUAUGUUCCUAAUUCCAUUUUAUAAUACAAAAUUAGGAAAUGGACAUUUUAUAAUUUGCUAACUUUGUUUGGUGGGCAAAGUUGAAGGCGCUUGAGCAUGAAGCCAGACUUGUCAUCGCAGAAUCCUUCCUGGGGAUUAGCUCCAGGGGCCGGGAACAGUCCAUCUAAGUUGAAUUAAAGGCAAAGUGCUGGAUUCAACCCCCCAGCUCCACACCUGCCCUGCCUCUAGGAAUGUAAUUCAGGGCAUCACAGAGCAAAUCCAUGCAUUCUUCUUUCUUCCCUUCUUCACUUAAGUCUCAGUAUCCAGUCAUUCCUAGGCAUAGCCAAAGCAGCUUAAUAUUUAUUGCUUACAGUGUGCACCAAGAAUUGCACCUCAUCAUCUCCGCCAGGAUUUGGCCUUUGGAACAUGCUCCUGCUCAUAUUUCCAUUUUCUGAGGGGAAUGUGGAGAAAUGUAAACUAUUGUAGUCAGUAGUUUCCUAUUUGCCUCAUCUCUCUAUUCAGAGUUAUUAGCAUUAAUAAACUGCCUGAUUUGAGUUUC